AAAAUACCACAACCUAAAAUUCUUAAUAAUUAAAUAAAAAAUCCACUUGUGAUUAUUGUAAAAAUUUAAAAAAAUAAUUAAAAGUACGUAUGUAAUUAUAAUAAUAAUUAUAAUUAAGUAAUUAACUAUUAAUAAAUGUAUCCAUUAAUGAAAUUAAUAAGCAACAAACAAUUAAAAUUGUUACUACGAAAAUGUUCAACUGCAGCAAAAAUAAAUAAUAAUAAUUGUAAAAAAUAUUUACCAGAAAUAGAAUUAAUAGGCCGCAAAUAUAAAACCGAUGAAUGGACGAAUUUGACAUCUAAAAUAACAUCAAAGUUAAAUAAAAAUCUUCAUACAACUGAGUACCACCCGCUGUCACAUGUCCGUCAAAAAAUAGUCAAUUACUUCUACAAAAAUUACCGUAAUAAAUGUGGGAACCCAUUAUUCAGCGUGUGCGAUAAUUUAUCACCAGUCGUAAGUGUCCAGCAGAAUUUCGAUUCCCUCUUGAUACCUGGGGAUCACAUCAGUCGCAGCAAGAAUGACUGCUAUUAUGUCAACAGCGAGACAAUUUUGCGAGCGCACACGACAGCACAUCAAGCAGAACUGAUAGCGAUGGGUCUCGAUAAUUUUUUGAUAAUCGGUGACGUUUAUCGGCGAGAUGAAAUAGAUGCCACUCAUUACCCGGUCUUCCAUCAGGUUGACGCUGUCAGACUCUGCACGCGGGACGAAGUAUUCAAAAAUGUCAAUAACUCGGACAAUCUGCAGCUGUUUGAGUCAAAUGGCCGAGAGAGUGAUGAGAAGCAAACAGUCCAUACUCUGGAAGCUGUCAAAAUAAUGGAACACGAACUCAAAAGUGUUCUCGUCGGUCUCGCUCAAGCACUUUUUGGUCAAGAUGUCAAAUACCGUUGGGUCGUUCAGUAUUUUCCAUUCACUCACCCGUCGUGGGAGCUGGAGGUGUUUUAUAACGACCAGUGGAUCGAAGUCCUGGGCUGCGGUAUCGUCAGACACGAAAUUUUGAAAAACUGCGGAGUUACUGAUCGCAUCGGUUGGGCAUUUGGUCUAGGUCUUGAAAGAUUGGCCAUGUGCUUUUACAAUAUCUCGGACAUCAGGCUCUUCUGGAGCCAAGACUCUGGAUUUUUAAAUCAGUUCAAGUUUGACGAUCCUGAUACGCCAGUUAAAUACAAGCCCAUCAGCGUUUACCCGCAACUUGCUAAUGACAUAAGUUUCUGGCUACCGGACAAUGAGUACUCGCCGAACGAUUUCUACGACCUAGCCCGCGAGCACGGCGGUGAUAUAAUAGAGCAAAUAACGCUGAUAGAUGAAUUUACUCAUCCGAAAACCAAAAAAGUGUCGCAUUGCUACAGAAUUAUUUACCGGCACAUGGAACGAACUCUUACCCAAAAAGAAGUCACUUCUGUACAUAAAAAAAUCCAGGAAGCUGCUGCUAGUGAACUCAACGUCACUCUUCGUAUUAAAUAAUUAUCGGUUACUGUAAAUUACAUUCGUUAUUUUAUUUUAAUUGAGAGGUAGAUUAAUAAAAAUUAUUUUAUUUAAUAUAA